AUGGACGGCUCAAGUGGUUUCACGUGUGUCACAUGUCGCGUCGUGUUUGAGAACGCCGAUCUACAACGCGAUCACUACAAAACCGAAUGGCAUCGCUACAAUCUUAAACGACAGGCCGCCGACCUUCCCGCCAUCGAUUUCGCGUUGUUCAAUGAGAAGUCGUCGGCGUUCAACGCGCCGAAACCGAGCGCACCAGUGAAAAUCGAGCCGCUCUAUUGCAAAGCGUGCAAAAAACAGAUUAAAACGGAAAAUGCGAUGAACGAUCAUCUGGCGAGCAAGAAACACAAGGAGACGGAGAAACUGCUGGCUAGCGCUGAAAAGAAGGGACCAAAACAGCCGAGAAAGAAGCCGGAAAAUUUGCCGAAGAAAGCGCAGCCGGCUGAGGAGGAGAAUGACGACACCGACUCGUCGUCGGGUUGGGAGACCGAUGACGGUGAAGACGAUGAAAUCGAGGAGCUGAAUGAGGACGAGGCUCUUCCAAUGACGUCAUGCCUGUUCUGUCCGCAGACGAAGCCGACGAGCGACGAAAUGAAGGAGCACAUGCGAUUCCAUCACGACUUCCAAUUGCCCGAUCAGAAGUAUCUUGUCGAUGAGGCUGGCUGCAUGAGCUACCUCGGACUCAAAGUUGGAGCGGGACGAUGUUGCAUCUAUUGUCCGGACGUGAAAGCGCGAUUCGCCAGCGUUGCCGAUUGUCAGAAGCACAUGCGCGAUAAGCAGCAUUGCAAAUUACGUCGAGAUCCCGAAAGCAUGAUCGAACUCGCCGAUUUUUAUGACUACAGUUCAAUGUACGAUAAUGAUGACGAAAAUGCGGCGGAUAUACUAUUUGACGAUGGAUGGACCCUGACACUUCCAUCGGGCGCCAAAAUUGGUCAUCGAAGUCUUUUCCGCUAUUUCAAACAGUAUUUGAGACCGGUGGAUGGCGCUCAGCGGAUUGCCUCAAGAGCGGCCCUAGAUAAAGCAAGAGGAAUUCACCAGGCUCUUGCUUGGACCGGAACGACGAAUGUUGUCGAGGCUCGAAAAGUUGCGCGUGAUAUGAAGUUUGUUGAGAGAUUCCGACGACGAUUUGAUCUUCGCGUCGCCGUCAAAUCGAACAAAUUGUUCAAGACGCGAGGAUUUGUUGGAGAUAAUCAUUAG